AUGGAUACCCUCAGUGUACAAAUCGUGUCAGACCUGCACCCGAAAUACAGCGACUUGGAUAUUCCCGUCACGACCCCAUACAUCGCAUUCCUCGGUAACGUCCAUCAAGUGAAAGAUAACCACUACUUACAUCUAGAGCUCAAGAUCUUCCCUUUCUUCGAGACUUAUCUCCGGCGCUACAAGGUCGUCUUCCUUGUCCUCGGCGUUCGAGAGACACAGUACAUAAAAUACGACGCUGCAGUGGAGCAAAUCCGUGCCUUCGAAGCAAGGAUCAACGAGCAGCCCGGGUUAGGCAAAUUCGUCUUCCUCGAUCAAAAAAUAUAUGACAUCUCCCCAGAUACCACCGUCCUAGGAUUCGGUAAUACCUACCGAUCGAUCGAUGACUACAACGCCGCGCAUGAAUCCGAUCUCGCCUGGCUGAACCAACAGGUCGCUCACAUGGCAGAGCACGAACCACACUAG